AUGGCUGACUCGUCUCCUCGCAGCGUCUCGUCCCUGACGGGCGCCUCGGUCAAGGCCGUUGCGCCGAAGAACGGUGUCUAUCUUACACUGGAGGACAUCAAAGCAAACAUUUAUCUUGACGACGAUGUGCAUACUUGUCCCACCCGCGUCAUCAGUCUUGAGAACACACUUAAUGGCAUGAUCAUGCCUUUAGAAGAGACCCGGCGAAUCUCCGCCUUCGCUCGCGAGCACAACGUCAAGAUGCAUUGCGAUGGGGCGCGGCUUUGGGAGGUCGCAGCAUCUGGUGCCGGCAGCCUCGUCGAGUUCGCCUCGUGCUUUGACACGGUGACCCUCUGCUUUUCCAAGGGCCUUGGCGCGCCGAUUGGGAGCAUCCUGCUUGGCAGUAAGGAGGUGAUCAAGCAUGCGCGCUGGGUGAGGAAGUCCAUUGGUGGCGGGCUACGUCAGUCAGGUGUCGUCACGGCUGCCGCUCGUGUUGCGGUUGACGAGACCUUCGGAAAGGGUCCCAACGGCGAGGGCGGUUUGUUGAAGAACACGCACACCCUCGCACAACAGGUGGCCAAGAUGUGGACAGACCUCGGCGGCAAGCUCGUUCACCCAGUACACACCAACAUGAUCUGGGUUGACUUAGAGGACGCCCAAUGUCCCGACGCAAGGUUUGAGGAGCUCGGGAAGGAGGCCGGUCUCAAGCUCAUGGGUGGCAGGCUCAUCACACACUACCAGAUAUAUGAGAGACGCGACGAUGUCGUGCCGAAACUGGCAGACAUUUUCAAGGCUGUGUUUGAUAGUAAGGAGAAGGGCGGUGCAAUUUCUCAACACGAAAAAGGGGAGGCAUCCAUGUAUCGCUCACAGUAG